CUGCACCAGCUCGAUCCCUCCAGCCCCUGGAGGUGAACAUUAGUCUCCCAGUCUCCAGCGGAGGAAAGCAGGGUACAGAUGGGGGUGUUGUUCCCUGCCGUGGCCUCCCUGGGGCGUCUGUUUAUUUCAGGUCACCAGCACAGGGCUGCGACCAUGAGCCUGGUGGCCUGCGAGUGCCCUCCGGGACCUGGCCUGGAGCCUGAGCCUUGCUCUCGAGCUCGGUCUCAGGCCCACGUGUACCUGGAGCAGAUUCGCAACCUGGUGGCUCCUGGGGCUCCUGACAUGACCAAGCGUGACUACCUGGUGGACGCCGCCACGCAGAUCCGGCUGGCCUUGGAACGUGAUGUCAGUGAGGACUACGAGGCCGCCUUCAACCACUACCAGAAUGGCGUGGACGUGCUGCUGCGUGGCGUGCAUGUCGACCCCAACAAGGAGCGAUGUGAGGCUGUGAAGCUGAAAAUUACCAAGUACCUGCGGCGGGCCGAGGAGAUCUUCACCUGCCACCUGCAGAAGACCCUGGGUGGGGGAGCCAGCCCUGGCACGGGCUUCAGCACACUGAGGCUCCGGCCCAUCCGCACACUGAGCUCUGCCCUGGAGCAGCUGAGGGGCUGCAGGGUGGUCGGGGUCAUCGAGAAGGUGCAGCUGGUCCAGGACCCAGUGACCGGAGGGACCUUCGUGGUAAAGAGCCUGUCCAGGUGUCCUGUGGCGAACCGGGAGCGGCUGACGAUCAUCCCGCAUGGUGUCCCCUACAUGACCAAGCUGCUCCGCUACUUCGUGAGUGAGGACUCCAUCUUCCUGCAGCUGGAGCACGUGCCAGGAGGCACUCUUUGGUCGCAUCUGCUCUCCCAGGAGCAGCCCCAACAGUCUGGGGGCAGAUCUGGCUCCAGCCCAGAGAGGAUGAAGGCUCCACUCACCCCACCCCUCGGCCUCCAGACCCCAGCACUGCUCCCCCGGGAACCCACCCGCCUGCAGGACAGAAUCCUUCUGGAGCCUCCACGGACUUCCCGGAGACUUCCCCCAGCCAGGGAGGCCCUGCCUGUCAUGCCCCAGAGCGAGGCUGAAGGCGACCCCUCCGCCAGGACCCAUACUUCCUGCCCCUCGGACUUUCCGAAGGCCCCAGGUGGCCGCCUGCACCUCCAAGCCAGGCGGCGACCUGGCCAGAGCUCAGACAUGAGGCCCUCUUGGGGGCUCCCUUGGGUUCAUCAGGGGGCCGUCCGGGUGCUGGGGGCCUGUGGCCGAGGCAGGAGUCCGAGCCGCCCCUUAGCGGCUAGGGCCCGCCCAGGGUCAGGCUGGGGCGCCUGGAGAGUGAAGGAGGAGCAGGUGAAGCAGUGGGCGGCGGAGACCCUGCUGGCCCUGGAGGCGCUGCACCAGCAGGGGGUGCUGUGCCGAGACCUCAACCCCCGGAACCUGCUCUUGGACCAGGCAGGUCACAUCCGGCUCACGUAUUUUGGCCAGUGGUCCGAGGUGGAGCCCCACUACUGCAGGGAGGCCGUGGACAAUCUCUACAGCGCCCCAGAGGUGGGGGGGAUUUCUGAGCUGACGGAAGCCUGUGACUGGUGGAGCUUUGGGUCUCUGCUCUAUGAAAUGCUGACAGGAACCGCCCUGUCGCAGAGCCACCCCUCAGGAAUCCAGCCCCACACACAGCUCCAGCUGCCUGAAUGGCUCAGCCGCCCCGCGGCCUCCCUCCUGACCGAGCUGCUGCAGUUCGAUCCUGCCCGACGCCUGGGCGCCGGAGGUGGCGGUGUAGACAAGCUCAAGGCACACCCCUUUUUCAGCAGUACCCAGUGGAGCAAACUGGGGGGGUAAGAGGGGCCAGAGUGGGUCAUGGAAGCUGCUGGACUAGUCUGGAUUUUCUCUCCCCUCUGCCUGUCGCCCAGAGCAGGCCCAUCUCAUCAGUGACCCUUGGGCGAAGAAGGCAGGGCAGCUGCCCCCCCGCCACCGCUCAGCACCACUCUUGGGCGUUGUCGUAACCAUCACCACUGCCCAGAAGGGGCUAGGCGGCCUCCAGCCAGCUCUGGAGACCCUUUCUGGUCACUGCUGUGGGGGAGGGACAAGGAGAGCUCACCCGGCUGGGCAGCUCGGACCCCUCCGCCCAUCUGCUCUCCACCCACCAGCCAACAGCUCUCUGUCCCUUGACCGCAGACCUGCCGGGCUACAGGUGCCUUCCGCAGCCUGAGCUCUGAGCUUCUGGCCGCCUGCUGAGAGGACUGCAAGCUCUCUUGACUCAGCAGCUGCCCUGUGCCCCAUGUGGGACAUCUCUGGACACUCAUCUGAGGAUAUGGGUCCACUGAGCCAGUGGACCCAAACCAGGGCCGGCCAGCCUGCUCAUGUUAGCCGUGCACCUAGGGGGCCACUUCCCACUCCCAGGCUCUGCCUGCAUGGGGUGGGAGGCUGGGAAAGCGGGGAGGCGGCUGCAGGGGGCAGGAGGCGAGGUGGGGGGACAGGAUGAUCCACUCCCCACCCUGACCAUGCCCCCUACCUUUGUGCUUUCAGAUGGGAAAACAAAGGCAGGCAGGAGAGGGAAAUCAGGAUAAGUAUAAGGGGAGAGGGAGUCACUUAGUGCCCCUUAGUCAUUUUGAAAACAGAGUAAAGGGCUCCCUUCCCCAGCUAGCCCACCGGAGUGGAAAGGGGAGCCUGCCCCAUGGGCCUUCAGGCUGGAGCCACUACCACACUUUGUACCCGUUACAAUUCCCCUCUCAGGCAUUUGUCCUAUUUAUCAUUUUGCAUUUUCGUCUUGAGGGUCCAUUCAAUUCACCGUCCACUGUGACUUCACAUAACACAUGGAAUGAUUGCCUAAGCUUUUAGCCAGAACCAAAAAUGUUUCUGGUCCCAGAGGAACCGGGGUAAGUAGUUACCUCAAAGAAAGUCCCCUCCCAGGUAUGGGGGGCCCUCUGAUUCCCCUGGGGGCUCACCCUGUCACUGGGGUGUGGCACCUAAGAAGGAAAUUUCACCAGACCUCUGCCCCCAACCUCUUCCUUCCAGUGUCUCACCACCACCACCAGGGGGCGCCAGACACUUCAUCAGAGUUGGGCCUUCACAGCCAGACUGACUAGGGGUAGGGACCACUCCUGCAAAGGGCAGCUGGGGGAAACAGACUGCGUGUGCUUUCCCUGGGGCUUGCCCAUACCUCCCCCACCCUGUACCCUAAUAAAGCCUGCCAUUGCCUCUGG